UCUGCUCUCGCUCUGCAAGGCUACUAGGAAUGAGGACACCAUGGUGAACCAGGAACUUGCUGACAGUGAUGCCAGGGCCCUGUAUGAGGCUGGAGAGAAGAGGAAGGGAACAGACUGCUCUGUCUUCAUUGACAUUCUGACCACCAGAAGUGCUCCUCAGCUCCGCCAAGCGUUUGAGAGGUACACCAAGUACAGUAAGGUGGAUGUGGCAAAGGCUAUUGACCUGGAACUGAAGGGAGACAUUGAGAACUGUCUGACUGCCGUAGUGAAGUGUGCUGGAAGCUAUUUUCUUUGCUGAGAAGCUAAACUUGGC